UUCGGCGGGAACGUUUGCCCUCCUUUUAAGACGGGGAACAACUGAAUCGAUGCUCUUCACACUCUCCUCGCUAAGGCCGGCAGCUCUGUAGCCUGUACUCUUUAUACUUCAGUUCCGGGAUUUUCAUUCUCCGGUAGUUCGUUCUAGUCUACUCUACAAUCUACAUGGCCAAAUCCUGGGCAGCUCUUACGCUUUCUAAGAAAUCUCCACUGUUGCUUCUCUUUUUGCUUCUACUCGAUUCAAGCAUUGUAGGCGGUGGAGCUUCUCGAAUAGAGAGGUGGGAGUCGAUCAUCAAAUUGCCGACGGAGAAAGAAGAGAAAAAUGUGACCAUAUGGGCUGUCCUCGUUGCCGGUUCUUCUGGUUUCGGGAAUUACCGGCACCAGGCAGACGUAUGUCAUGCGUAUCAGAUACUGAGGAAAGGAGGAAUCAAAGAGGAAAACAUAGUAGUGUUUAUGUAUGAUGAUAUCGCCAAUAACGAAUUAAAUCCCAGGCCUGGAGUCAUCAUCAACCAUCCUCAAGGCUCUGAUGUUUAUGCCGGCGUGCCUAAGGAUUACACAGGGAAACAAGUCACUACUGAGAAUUUGUAUGCAGUGCUCCUUGGACAGAAGAAUGCCACGAAAGGUGGAAGUGGGAAGGUUGUUAAUAGCAAACCUGAUGAUCGGAUCUUCAUAUACUACUCCGAUCAUGGAGGCCCAGGAGUGCUUGGAAUGCCCAAUAUGCCUUACCUAUAUGCUGCUGAUUUCAUUGAGGUCUUGAAGAAGAAACAUGCAGCUAAAGGUUACAAAGAGAUGGUUAUGUAUAUUGAAGCAUGCGAGAGUGGAAGUAUUUUUGAAGGUUUGAUGCCAGAAAACCUAAAUAUUUAUGUUACAACAGCAUCAGGUGCCGAUGAAAACAGUUAUGGAACUUACUGUCCUGGGAUGGAACCUUCUUCUCCUCCAGAAUAUAUAACUUGCUUAGCAGAUUUGUAUAGUGUUGCAUGGAUGGAAGACAGUGAGACCCACAAUCUAAAGAAGGAAACAAUUAAACAACAAUACCAAGCGGUAAAAGAUCGGACUUCCAAUCACAACACUUACAAUAUUGGAUCUCAUGUGAUGGAGUAUGGAAACAAAAGCAUCAAAGCAGAGAAGCUUUAUCUGUAUCAAGGUUUCAACCCUGCCAGUAAGAAAGUCACUGGAAAUGAACUUUACAUGAACGCCUAUAUGGAAGUUGUCAACCAAAGAGAUGCAGAUCUUCUCUUCUUAUGGCAUAGGUACAAAAGAACAAAGGAAAGAUCCAGAAAGGAGGAAAUUCUGAAGCAAUUCACAGAGACGAUGAUGCAUAGAAAACAUCUUGAUGGUAGCAUAGAGUUGAUUGGCGGGCUUCUCUUUGGGCCAGGAAAAGGUUCCUCUGUCCUUGGUGCUGUGAGACCAUCUGGUCAGCCAUUGGUUGAUGACUGGGGUUGUUUGAAAGCAAUGGUUCAGUUGUUUGAGACCCAUUGUGGAUCACUGACUCAAUAUGGGAUGAAGCACAUGCGAGCAUUUGCAAAUGUUUGCAACAGAGGGAUACCACAGGAAGCAAUGGAGGAAGCCUGUAUUGAGGCAUGUAGUGGUAAAAAAUUAGGGACAUGGAGUCCUUCCAGUCGAGGUUAUAGUGCUUGAUUACGGUUCAAAUACGGGAGCUUUUAUAUAAAUAAAGUUUGUGAAGUCUUGACUGAGACUUCUGUUUCUCUUGGGUCUUUGUAAAUACUCUCAAUGGAUGGUGGUUAGUGAUAGUUAAUAGUAUUUCUUUUUCUCUCGACAAUCAUUGUUGAGGUCUCGCACUAUUAUGUAGGAUUGCAAGAUGGGCCUUAAAUUAUCCCCAUAUAGGAUUGUGGGAAUCCUUUUCUCAAGUGAUCUUCUACAGAGGUUUUCACUUUUCUGCCAUUAGAGCCUCAAUACAUAGAAUCUUCCCAACAA